UACAACGAAGAGACGCAGAGAUCAGACGAGCAUCAUUAUACAAUAACACAGAAGAGAGUUUUAAACAGUUGAGAGAUUUAGUGUUUUUCUUUAUUAUACAAGAUAUCUUUAAAACUGUGGUUUCAUUCUGAGCCGUCUAAUGGAUCUACUGCAGUUUUAUCAUCCGGAAUCUUUUUCUUUCCCAUCUGAACAGAACAACUUCUUGGACAUGAUGUCAGUCAACACUCACAGUCCCGUCUACAUCAAGGCAGAACCAUCAAGCCCUGCCUCCCUGCAGGACAGUCUGACCCAGCUCAGUCCCGGGGCGUGGUCGGACACAGGGAGCAGCUACUGUUCAGUAACUAAAGGGAAUCAAACAGGUGUGGACUCUCCCGCUCCAUUCCCUGCGGCCGGGGCAGUGUUGAGGCCUUCUGGAGAGCCCUGCAGGCUGCUGGAGAAAUCGCAGGUGAAGGGUGAAUACGGUUUGAACUCUGGCCCCAAACGUCUGUGUCUAGUGUGCGGAGACGUUGCAUCUGGAUUCCAUUACGGAGUGGCGUCCUGCGAGGCCUGCAAAGCGUUCUUCAAACGCUCCAUUCAAGGUAAUAUAGAAUACAGUUGUUCGGUCAGCAGGGAUUGUGAGAUCACUAAGAGGAGGAGGAAGUCCUGUCAGGCCUGUCGCUUCACCAAGUGUCUCUCUGUGGGAAUGCUGCGAGAAGGUGUGCGUUCGGACAGGGUGAGAGGAGGACGGCAGAAAUAUAAGAGGAGAAUGGACUCAGAUUCCAGCAUCUACCUCAGUGAACAACUACCCCAGCAAAAAUCACCAUUCUGCGGCAGUCAAGGGGAGAAUAAGGUGGUGACUCUCUUGUUGCGGGCAGAGCCAGAGAGGGUGUGUGCCAUGCCUGACCCCGCCCUCCCUGACAGUGACAUCAAAGCACUGACAACACUGUGUGACCUCGCCGACAGAGAGUUAGUGCUGAACAUCAGCUGGGCCAAACACAUACCAGGUUUCUCCAGCCUCGGAUUGUCAGACCAGAUGAGUCUACUGCAGAGCGCAUGGAUGGAGAUCCUUAUCCUACGUGUGGCGUUCCGCUCGCUGACUUAUGAGGACCGGCUGGUCUUUGCGGAGGAUUACAUCAUGGAUGCUGGACAGGCCAAAUCAGCAGGUCUACUGGAGCUCCACACGGGCAUAUUACAGCUGGUGCGCAGGUACAGAUCCAUGAGACUGGAAACAGAAGAAUUUGUCACACUGAAAGCCAUCGCUCUCGCUAACUCAGACUCUAUGCAUAUAGAGGACGUGGAAGCAGUUCAGGGUCUCCAAGAUUCCCUUCAUGAGGCCCUUCUGGAUUACGAGCAUGUCCAGCACAGAGAGGACCCUCGUCGGACAGGAAAACUCAUCAUGACCCUUCCGCUCCUCCGUCAGACCUCCGCCAAAGCCGUGCGGCACUUCUGUAGCAUCAAACAGGACGGGCGUGUCCCGAUGCACAAACUCUUCCUGGAACUUCUGGAGGCCAAUGCCUGAUGCUUAUUCUGAUUGGACCAUGAAGCUGAGGUGACUCCGCCCCACUCACAUGACUGGUUGAGGGUUGUUUGCAAAUCCAGGGGCAACGAUAAGGACUGUCAUGGCUUAAAACAAUGAAUACAAGAAAUAUUCCAACUAGUGCAUAAUAUAUAACAUAGUAUUAUCAAAUAUAUGACUGAGAGCUGGAUGAUAAUGUGAAUCAUCAAUUUAAUGGAGAAACUAUAUUUAAAACUAGAAGACAUCCAUUAAUAUAUAUAUAUAUAUAUACACACAUCAGUCUUGUCAAAUGAAAUGAUCUCCUGAAAAUGAAGGAAAGGACAGCAUGUUACAUACAAAUAUUUUAAAGGUUCGAAAAGUUUAAAGGUUUUAACAUAAAUAUAAUUUAUAGAUUAAUGGUAUUCAAUUGGAUGUUUCAAGUUUGGAAACAUCAAACUGCAGAGAAGUAGGCCACCUAAAGCACCCCUGAUUUAAGUAAACAUUUUAGAAGGGAAAUCUUUAAAUGAAGCUCAAAAUGGAAAUGGACUCAGGAUAACAAUAUUUAGCCAUUUUAUUUUGCACACACAGAACGCUAACAUUGUCUUUAUGAUGAAAUUAUUAGUUUUCUUGUGUCAUAUUUGACAAUGGAUACUCCAUCAUUUACAGACCGAUUGUAAGGUUCUUGUUCAGUCAAUGAAGAAUGGCAAAAGCCGUACCAAUUAUCUGCUUUUGGCAAUAUACAAAGAUCUUUUAAAGCAAUAAAACAAUGUUUAAUAACAGUUUUAAUGUAAUGAAUUACAGACUGAUUAAAUAUGUAUUUGAAUUUGUGUUUUUUUUUUAGUUAAUGUCACUAUCGAUCUGUUUCAUACUGGAACUUAUCUGAGACAUUUCAUACAUGAUAUAUGUACAUAUACCAUAUGCUAAUUUCACUCUAUUUGUUGUCUAUUUGGUCAUAUAUGAUCGCUUCUGCAAUAUUUGUUAGUAAAAUCUGCACUGGUUUAAUAGUGAACUGGUUAUGAUCUUUCUGUCUUUUUGAGCAAUUCUGGUUUGUCAUCAGAAUAUCUGUGACAGUCUGUGGUUUUGUGUGUGAUUUUCUACGUUUCAGCUUGUGUAAGGUUUGUGAAUGUUGUAAGACUCUGUCAUGAACAAUGAUGUAAGUUUGUCUUGGUAAUAUCUGUGUUCGAUUAUGAGUAAUAUGCAAUAAAAAAAAAUUCUAAUAAAUAAUA